GGCGUGCUCCGGAGCGUCCUGGCGGCGGCGGCCUUGGCCCUGGCCUCAGUGACCGACGGCAGGCCGGCGCAGAUCGCGUUGGUGCGGAUGGCGCCCUCCUUGGAGGAGGACAUGGGCGCCCCGCGGGAGUACCCGGUGAGGGACGGCCUCGGCGACGAGGUGCUGCUGGUACCGCUGCAGGCGCCGCCCCUGGCCGUGAGGGACGUCGAGGAGGAGGAGGAGGACCAUGAGGACGACGGUGGCGCGGCGGCCUUCCUGGCCAGGCUGCUGGGGACGCAGUUCGCGGAGGACCCCGUGGAGGGCCCUGGCGCCAUGCGCUUCUUCUCCAGCUUGGACCCCCUGACCGGGGACGGCGACGACGUCGUGCUGCUGCGACUCGGCCGCAGCCUCAAGUCCGCCCUGGAACCAGAUCAAAUGGAGCCACGGGAGACUCGCGUCCUGGAGGACGACGUCGACGCCUUGGGUGCGGACGACGACGACGAGCAGGAGGACGAGGAUCUCGGCCUGCGGCGGGAACAUCUCCGCAGCCGGCGCGCGGUCCGCGUCGCGGUGCACCAGGAGCCCGGCGCCAUCCAGGUCGCCGACGACGGCCCCCAGGGCCGCGCGGAUGCGACUACCGCGACGCCGGAGUCGGAGUCGGGGUCCUUCCUGGAGACGAUGCAGAACCAGCUGCCGGGCCAGCUGCAAGGGAUCGGCGAGGCCAUCGCGAGCGCCUUCGACCCGGACUACACUGAUGAAGGCGACGGUGACGGCGGCGACGACGACGGGGGCCUCGGCCUGCGGGAUGAACGUCAACACCUCCGCAACCGGCGUGCGCUGCGCAUCGUGGUCCGCCAGGCGCCUGGCGCCACCCAGGUCGCCGACGACGGCGUCCAGGUCGCCGACGACAGUGUCCAAGGCCGCGCAGACGCGACGACCGCGGCGCCGGGGUCCUUCCUGGAGACGGUGCAGAACCAGCUGCCGGGCCAGCUGCAGGGCCUCGGAGGGGCCAUGGAGGACUCGCGCAUGAUCGUGGGCACCUUCCAGGCCGUCAUCAUGCCCGGCUCCGCCGCCACCGACAUGGGCCAGCAGAUCCAGGGCUUCAUCUCCAACAUGCCGCAGAUCCCCCAGCUGCCCGGCGGCGGCGGUUGACACACUGUACCUUGUCUUUCGUUUUUAUUAAUAAACAAAAUUUGAGUUAAGUA